GCUCAUCCCGUCCAACAUCAGACGUCACAGGAGAGAGAACUGUUUACUUGUUGAUUUAUAAUGAGCCAUUUUCCUUGUAAUAAUCUACUGAUAAUUAUUUAUCCCAGCUCGCCACACGAGAGCAUCAAGAAUCACUCUGGAGAAAACAGUUCAACAGAGGAAGACGAACUAUUUUACCCUUCUGACGAGGACCUGGACUCAGAAGGCGAGGAGCGCACGAAAAAGAAACCCAGUAAAUUUAAAGACGAUCUUAAGCUUAAGAAAAAAUUCAAUGCCCUCCUACGAAAGAUGAAGCUGAAUGAUACGGACGAACCUAUGAUCGAUGAUGAGGUCGGUUUUGUAACACAGCCGGACCAGUAUUCUGCCACCUUCAGCUCUAUCAUGAGGGACGACAGUGACGACAGUGUACAUAGUGACAGUGAUAGUGUUGGCACCCUGCCAAAACCUCAUCUUCGGCCCUACUUCACUGCUGACUUUGACCGAGAUUCAGAUAAAGAAAGCAGCACCGACGAGGGUACAAGUAGCAAGAAAGCUGACCACGAGCCUCCUAGUACUGCUACACGCAAAACAUCUGAGGAAAACAGACGCGGAAGUAGCAUGCUCGGCAGCCCAGUCUCAGGGGCACAGCGACCCUCAACCCGGACCAGUAGUGCAGGUCCUGCUCCAGUUAUAGGGGAUUUGAGACAGGACGCAGUGGACGAGGAAAGCAACAGUGUGGCUAGCCCCCUGAGGCAGAGUCCUACAAGUCAGGGGAGUGCGGAUGAUACCAGGAUGGGAUCUUUUGAUGAUAUGUCGGAGGGUCACAACAUCAUUGACCAGCUGGACGUUAUCUUCAACAAGGGAGACACAGCCAGCCUGGCAGUACCUGAAACUAUUGUCUUAGCUUACUGUAAAGAUAAAAACUGCUAUCAUCCUAUAAUGAAAGCGAUGCUGGCAUCAAACGCAUGUGUCUUUCUACACACGGGCUCUGACGCAAAAGUGUUCAUUUCAACUCUCGUUAACAAGAUGCAGAAAUGUGCGACUAGACACUCUCGACUAUCACCCGUUAAGUUAGCUGUAAUCGGGGACCUCUCCUCAACUAACGUCAUACUGAAGCCUCUAAUGGAUAGCCUUAAUAACAAGAGCCCAGAAUGGAUCCAGAACUUCCAGUUCAUAUUCAUACCUACAGAUCCGAACAACCCGAUAUCUCGAUACGUCAGCUCCGUGGACGAGUCGUACACGCGACUACUAGAUUCGCUAUCAGUGGAAUGCGAAACUGAUGUCCUUGCUGCUUAUCAGAGGGACGCUAAAGAUAUUGUAAACUUGUCCAUCGGAAGAGUCUUGGUGACCCAGCUUGUGAACGAGACCGAUGAAGACACCAAACAGUUUGAGGUGCCGUUUCUAAACUCCGUCUCGAUAGUGUUCAACAGAAAGAGUUGCGUGAACUGUGCUGAGGAAGACGAUCCCGAAAAGUGCAGUAUUCACGAGAUAGAUAUCCAAGUUGACUACACCUCCCUGCACAAGAAAGACGCUAAUUCAAAGCAAAUGCAAGUAAAGGGGAUAUUCCGGGAGCUUGGAGUCACGAGGGAGCUAGGAGAUCAAUCUAUAACUCUCAAAGCUGCUUACAGGGAACGCAAACCUAAGGUGGCACUGUCAAGACUGAAGAAGCAACAGCAGCCCGAUAUCAACAGUAUCAACUGUCAUGUCAACAGUUUCACCUGCAUGAUACGACCGCACACCUGUCUCACAUGUACUGUCCGUGUUGAUGGGGAGGAGUACAAGAACGUGUUGUCUCUCUACGUCUUCCCCCUGUGGAGCCCUAACCAUAACUUUAUACCACUCCUUGUCUCGUCUCCUGCUACUGCGGGUGUACUCUGUUAAAUUGCAGGAAGAUACUAGACCGGUUGGGGCUGUUCACAUAUUACGUAAGCCAGCCUAGUAUAAUAGGGGGAGGGGGUUUGGGGAAGCUUACUGUCAAUUCUACACAAUAGCUAUUUGUAAAGUGGCUCACGCAGGAGAGGGGGGAUAUAAAAUGGACUAAUUAUGUGGAAUUAUGUGAUAUGCGAAUUGUGAACGACCGUUUGAUCAAAAUCUAAGCUCCAAUUCUGCGUUAUUUGAACUCUAUUAUUGUAAUUUUUAUUGAAUUUUGUAAAUUAUGGAUUAAUUUGUUGUGUGAUGAUGCAACUUUAACGUUAUUUGAAGGAUACUGUAAGUUCAAUAACUGACAAUAAUUGCAAUAUGCAAGUUACCUAGAUACGAUUGUUAUGUUGUAAGUGUAACUAUGAACCCUGCAUACGUGCUGACUAAACUUUCUAUUUUUGAACUUGAAUGUUAAAGACUUAAAUUAUAGCUUCUUAUAUUAACGGGUGAUACUCGUAAAAUAUUUGUUCCGAUCCAUAUUGUUACAUAUAUCCAGGACCGUCGACGAGUCCAACUCGGCGCGCGUCCUGGUAGGUUAUAAACCUACAACUUCUUAUAUAAUCAUAACAUGUCUUAUGGCCACUGCUCAUUGUUAUAAAUAUAAUGUCAUAGCAGGCGACUUACUCAUUGCAGACAAAACUAAACUAUUUUGAUCCGAAGAUUUUUGAAAAUAAUGAGAUAACACCUAAAGAUUUGAUUAACAUUUUGAUUUUAUCUAAGCUGAUCAUGAUUAG